CUCAAAGCGCCGAUGAUGGACUGAGCAAGUAGGAGUGGCUGAGGAGUUGCCAGCCUGCUUUGCAUGAAUCGUGGAUUCCCAGACCGUGGCUGCCGUUUCGAUAUUUCCUGUGAGCCUCCCGAGCAGAGAUAGCCGAGGGCGGAGGAUCAGAGGAGAGGGAUGGCAGAGAACAGCUCCGAGACAAGCGGCUCCGUUUCCCGGAGAUGCAUGGCCCAAUCUUUGGGGGAAAGAAACAGUUCGGCCGGUGUCGGGGCAUCGAAAUGGAUACGACUAAAUGUCGGUGGAACCUAUUUUUUAACAACAAGACAGACGCUAUGCCGAGAUCCCAAAUCAUUUCUGUACAGACUGAGCCAAGCUGACCCGGAGCUCGACUCCGACAAGGAUGAAACUGGUGCCUAUCUCAUUGACAGAGACCCCACAUACUUUGGGCCGGUGCUGAACUAUCUGAGGCAUGGCAAACUGGUGCUCAACAAGGACUUGGCAGAGGAAGGUGUGCUAGAAGAAGCUGAAUUCUAUAACAUCACAUCAUUAAUAAAACUUAUCAAGGACAAGAUUCGGGAACGGGACUGCAAAACGUCACAGGUCCCAGUAAAGCAUGUGUAUCGAGUGCUGCAGUGCCAGGAGGAGGAACUAACACAAAUGGUGUCGACCAUGUCUGAUGGCUGGAAAUUUGAACAGCUUGUCAGUAUAGGGUACGGGCGGGCCCACCAGUCAGAGUUUCUGCUGAUUGUGUCAAGGGAGGUGAAGGGAGAGGAGUCUGCUUUGCCAAGCAGCAGCGGAGAGCUGGUCAGCAUCGGUUCCUCGUACAACUAUGGAAACGAAGACCAAGCCGAGUUCCUGUGUGUAGUCUCCAAGGAGCUGCACAAUCAAUCAUACGGGACCAACAGUGAGCCUAGUGAGAAGGCAAAGAUUCUUCAGGAAAGAGGUUCCCGGAUGUGAGAAGAACUCAGUAUUAAAAGCUCCAGGUGUUAUGAUGCAAACAUAUCAUCUUUGUGGAAGAACGUUUGGCACAAUGGAGAUUUGAAUUGGGCGGGCUUGUUUUAUUUUCCCUCCCCUUUUGUUUUUAUUUUCUCAAUGUAAAUAACUGUUUACUGACAAUUUGUGCCUGUACAUUUAAACUGGACCUUUUCCAAUUAGCGGCAAGUAGUUCCUUUUUUUUCCUCCUGUCUGAAGAUAAACAAUUGUAAUUGAGAACAUUAUAAACUAUAAAUGUGGCCAUUGUUGUUUAAGGCCAACGAUUCACUCAGGGUCAUCAAAUCCGAUAAUUUUAUCAUUUAGCUCAAGAGUCUAAGAAGGGAUCAGUGCGGUCUUUGCAACUCCUGAGUUUCACACACAAAAUUAUUGCUGAAGAGAUAUCAAGAAGGGAAUAGUGUCGGCAUGUCAAAGCUAUACAUUAUUAAUUUCAACCAUAAACUAUUUGUGAAUUUUCUUUAAAUUAUUAUUAAAAUUCGUUUGAGGGAUCCCAACAAAAAACACACUUUUAAGAGUAUUUUAUAUAUUGUCUUUUUUUCAUUUAAAAAUAAUUGUCAAAAUAUCAGUCAACACAAAGCUGAACAAUUAAACUGUGGAAGAUCAGUUACAUUAAGUGGGCUUUUAAAGCACAAGUGCUGUAGAAGGAACCCUUACUGCAAAGACGGGUCUAUUUAAACACAGACAGAGGCCAUUUUUAAAAUGCAGAAGUGUAUAUUUUUGCUUUUUAAGUACUUAAAAGUACUGUGCAAAAGUAAUAACAUUACUAAUAAUACAGGUAAUCCCAUCGCCAACGUUUAAAUUAUUCUAUGUAAUUAAUGCAUGAAAUGAUGUGAACAAAAAUCUGUAAACUCAAAGUUUCUAAAGAAUGAUCAACUGUUUUGAGGUUUUCUUGUAUCUUUAGUCUAAAGUUGACUGCUAAAAAUACAUUUAAAAAAUCAAGAGUAAAACAAAAAGACUUUUGCUAAUUUUUGCUGGGUGAAGAUGUUUUAACACGAAGAUAAAUUAUUUUACCCUCCAAUACUUAAGUUAUCUUCAAGGCUCAGUUUUGUAUGUUUAAGAAAGAUUUGAAUGUUUUAAAAGCUCUUUUUGUUUUUUUAGCAUCUGCUUACUGGAAUCGUUUAAGGCAGUGGUGAAGGACUUCUUGUUUUUUUUCAUGUAAAUAAUCCAAAUUCAAUAUUGAUAUUUAACUCUUAAAAACUGCACGUUUUGUACACUGUACAAGAGCCACAGCUUCAAAUGGAAGCUGUUUAUACUGGAUCUUUAAAAUGAGCAAAUCGUGACAAUGUUGACUCUUUUUUUUUUUUUUUGUUUUGCAUCGUUUGUACAGGAUUUCUGACGUAGGGUUAAGACAGCAGAUGCUGAAUACGGUGUCUUUUACUGAGAACAUGCCGGGAACAUGUUUUGAUAACCAAUAACAAGACUAUACUUGGCUGGCUAUGAAGUUGACUGUUACAUUUAAGAACUUUAUUGGUUUGUCUUUGUUGAUUAGAACUUUUGAAUUGUCGAUUUCAUACACAGCAUUACAAGCACUACAGUGACAAACACUGUGCCCACUGCUUCUAGCCUGUAAUGUUGAUGUAAAUACCGCAUUUUAGAAGUCUUUUUUUUUUAUUUUUUUUUUUACCUGAAAUUUGUUUUUAGUUUUGAUGUGUGGUUUGGAUAUUUUGUUCACUAUCGAUCAUUUAGUGUUGCCUUUUUUCCCAGUGACCAAAAUCCAAUGUCUUAUGUGUAUUGUACACAUCAAUCGUAGUGUCAGGGACAAGUAAAUGUUUCUUAAUGCUGACACACUGUACAUAGAGACUUAUUAACGACACAGAAACCUCCACAUAACUCACAUGCACACUUAUAAUACACUUGAUAAAAACUGUUUUUAUAUUGUCGAGGGGGGAAAAUGAAUAUGGAUGCAUGUUUCCUUUUUUUUUUUAUUAAAUCACACAUAUGUAAACACACACAAGGGCUUUUAAAGUGCAAAAUUUGAGAUCUGCAAAGAGGUGUAAUCAAAAAAAGACUGGAUUUCCUGCCAGAACUAGGCUAUGUUUACAUUUACUAUAGUAUUCUGAAGCCUUCAGAUUGUGUACUGUCUUGCACUCCUUCACACAUGUUUUUAGCCAUUGUAUGACUUCACCGGUGGCAACUAACACUCCCCUGAUAUCCACUCCCAACAUUUCACUUUGUCUUAAGAUCAUCCUCCAGUUUCGAACUGCCAGUGCUUGAGCUUUGUAGACAAUCUUGUUCCUCCUCAUUUCAUCUGGAAGCUGAGAUACUUGUGAAUCCUCACACAUGUGGACUCUGGAAUAAGCUUUAUUUAACUGUACUUUUCAAAUAUCUCUGGUUUAAAGUGUUUUUCUUUAUAUAACCUAUUCCUUCAGUGCAGUGCUAAUUUUAGCAGAUAUGUAAAGCUCAGCUUUAUAAGAUUUUAAGUUCUCUAAAUGUUUAUCACACAUUGAUUAUCACACAUCUUACGGACAAACGUAUCAAAUCUGUAGCUUGAUCUUUUUUAAGUGCCCAGUAUGUUUUUUUGCAUUCAGGUUAUUAACCACGGGUCACUUAAAUGCAUGAUUGAUGAUCACAACUUGUAAUCCGAAGGAAUGAAUGUGUCAUCUCUCCUCAAGAUAAGAAAAAAAAAAAAAAUCAUUGACUAUUGAUUCUCAUAUCAUUACCCAGAUUUCAUCUUUAUGAUCUUAUGCAAUGUUAAAAAUGUACAAACUAAAUAUAAGGGUUAAGGGAUAGAUCUUUAUAGUCUUGCAUAAUUAAACCCAAUAAAAAGUUUUAUUCACA